AUGCGGCUGCGUGCGAAUGUGAGCGACAUCUGGACGACGGUCCCGGUGGCCUCGCUCUUUUCCGAGUACCGCGUCGAGUCGAACAAAAAUAAUGAGAUCACACUCGAGGUCGCGACCGAGGCGCUCGCGCGCGUCUUCCGCUCGGCCUCGGGCGCGCUGGAAAUCGUGCUGCGCCUCGGCAAGCGCCACGGCGAGCCGCUGCUGAGCCUCGCGAUAGCCAUGACGAGUCACUCUGGAUCACGGCUCGACGUCACACAGGAAAUCCUGAUCCGGAUUUUGCGCACCUCCGAGCUGGACUUGAUCGCGGAGCCCAUGUGCCCUACCCCUGACGUCUAUAUCGUGCUUCCUCCCCUCACCGAGGUGCGUGCGGUGGCCGACCAGAUGCGCCCGUUGUCGCACCAGGCGUGCCUCUCUGCGAACCGUGCCGGCACGUUCAAGCUGGCGGUGCUCGACAGCGAGGUGGUCGGCGACGCAACGUGGACCGGCCUCGAGCGUCCUCACGUGCAAGGCGCCGAGGGACCACCAUCGGACCAAAACGAAACGCCGCAGGACUUUUUUGAGGUGCAUCUGAUGCAGCUUUAG